ACUUAUUUCCAUGUGGACCCAAAAUGUGAUGUCCGUAUGUGAUCAACAUUCAGCAACUUGCAGCCUACCCCUCCAAACACCACUGUUCCCACCCCCUCAUCACUGUGGGAUGCACAGUGGAUAUCUAUUGGGAUGGAACUGCUGAACCACGCGUCUUUUAAGUUGUAGGAACUUUUACUGGAUCCUGUUUGUGCGCAUUCAAGCUAUGGGUUUCCUAGAACUUAUUUGUCUACUGCUUUGUGCGGCUUUCUAUCCAGCAAGCAGCGAUUUGCACAAAUGGACCAAGCAGAACCUUCCAAUGCUAAUGGAUCGACACACUGAACUUCAAACAAAAACUUUGUUCAGAACCCCAAAGCAGGAUGCAGAUGGAAACGCUGUGGAGACACUAUGCGGGAUAGAAUGUCAAAGACGCCUACCGGACUUAACUACGAACGAACAAGAGAGGAUUCUAGGCUACGAAACCAUGUACGAGAAUGGCACGUGUACACGCACUGAUGUCAUACUGCAGGGUUUCAACCCUAUGAGACCACCUGAGAACGUUCCAGCUCGCCGGAAGCGGCAGGUUUAUGGACCCGAUGGACGUUUUGUCAUUGCAGACUCACAGUUCAUCACCAACUACCCCUUCUCCACCUCUGUGCGCUUGUCCACCGGCUGUUCAGGGGUCCUAGUCUCCCCAAAGCAUGUGCUGACGGCGGCUCACUGCAUCCAUGAUGGCAGCUUUUACCUGGAUGGUGCUCGAAAGCUAAAAGUAGGAGUGCUACAACUCAGAAAUAUAAGUGGGGGUAGGAGAAGAAGGAGGCGACCGAGGACUGCUAUGAAAGGAAACAGGAAUAAAAUGGAGAAUGAAGAAAAGCAGCGUAGCAUUGAUGGAGAUUUAGUCAGAGGGCAACAAGGCGGCGUGGUAAAAAGGGGGCAAAGGAGGACAAGAGUCAGUCGCCUAAAGAGGAAGCCUGUCUUUCGCUGGACACGAAUCAAGCAAACGCACAUCCCUCAAGGUUGGAUGCACUCCAAGAACUCCACUGCUUCCUUGGCUGCCGACUACAACUACGCUCUCCUGGAGCUCAAACGACCUGUCAAACAGAAGUACAUGGAGAUCGGUGUGGCGCCCCCCACCCUCCUCCCAUCCCGGAUCCACUUUUCAGGCUACGACGAUGACAAAAAUCUGCUGGCCAGCCUUGGGGGUGAGAAGGUGGUCUACCGCUUUUGCUCGGUGGCCAAGGAGUCAGACGAUUUGAUGUACCAGCAUUGUGACGCUCGGCAGGGUGCCACGGGAGCCGGUGUUUACAUUCGCUUGAGACAAGACGGUGGAAAAGGGAAGUGGCAGCGGAAGGUGAUUGGGGUGUUCUCUGGCCAUCAGUGGGUGAAGGUGGAUGACGGCGAGCAGAGGGACUUUAAUGUGGCAGUGAGGAUAACUCCUGUAAAAUACGCCCAGAUCUGCCACUGGAUCCAUGGAGACCUGAGUCACUGCAAGGCCGUUUGAAUGACAGUUUUAAAGGACUUCUUGUGAAACCAAUUUUGUCUAUUUUUUUUCACACAAAUUAUAGACUACUCUGGCUGCUUUUAACUUUUGUUCUCUUUCUCCAGCCCUGGUCAGUUUGUCAGACCUCUAUGGUAAAGCAUCGUAAGUUUAAGUGUACUUGCAGAAACAAAAGACCAAUUGUCACUUUUGAAUAGUCAUACAGUACGAUGAUUGGUCAGGAUUUUGGUCUCCUCCAAAAAUGAUAUUGGACAAAUGUAGCCAAAUUACAAGCAGAUUUCCGUAUCUCCUAUUUUUCGCUUUUAGGUUUAACAGUACACUGUACGGAAAUAAUGUGUAUGGAGUUCCGUUGUUGUGCACCACUGAAUUUACACCUGUCUAUUUCUUUAUUUUGUUGCACAGCUCAAAGCCCCAUGUCUCCAAGCGGGUUCAGGGGGGUAAACUAGAGUUGAAUUCAAACGCACCAAAGCGUACCCGUGUAAAAGCAUUCUUAAAACUAUUGCAAAUAUUGGUCAUUGGUCUUAGACCUUUCACUGUGUUUUACCAAUGUUCCCAUAAUGUGUUAAAACUUUGGUCAAACUCUGGUCAUGCUCUAUUAAAACUAUGCUGAAUGGGUCAACAUAGUGUUUAGUAUUCAACACGUUCCGGGUCAUAGGAGUUAACCGAUGGCAAUGUUUCAUCAACCAACGGAAAAGACUGUAUGCAGAUAAGUGAGGAGCCGUGAGGGUAGUUGGUGUCAGUGUAUUUGUAUUUUAUUGCAUCUCAUAUGAGAGACUCACAUGCAAAUUGAACAGGGAGGGAGGAAGGAAGGAAGUGGGGUGGCCAAUCUCAGAAAAACUACACAGCUGUCACAGAAAAUACUGAGCAAACAUUUAUCCACAUUCUGUUUGUAUGUAAAUGUCAUUGUCGUCUUUAUUUUCCUUUUCAACACGUUAAAUGCCACAAUGAGAUUAAGAUGCAGUCACUUUUUUGGGAAAUAAACAACACAGAAGAACAUCCAGCAUAUGUAUACAUGAGGGCUUUACAGUGAGUCUUCCCAGUCAACAAAUGUACCGCACGGCGUCCAAUUGCAUGCAUCGAUGCAAGCAUGUCUCAAAAAACCUUUUGGAGACCAAAAAUGAAGGAAGGCCGGACCUGUCUCCAUGCAUCCACACCAGCAGAGGGCGCCACACAAUAAUGUUUUUAUUCAAUACUGUACUGACUGUACCAGACUGAUAGUUUUUUUAUUUUCAAAAGUCAUGCUUCUCCCUCAAUAUGUAACUAAAAUAUAUGGUAUUUUUUCAUCAUCAAAAUAAAUAAAAUAUGUAGACUGUCUUAAACAUAGUCUCGAAUGCAUAUGUUAAUUUGAGUUCUAAGAAAAAGAAAGAACACAGUAGAUAAAGUCGUAUUUGCAUGUAUUUUUGUUACCAAUUAGGAGCAUGGAGGGCUUAGCGGACAUACUGGAGGUACAACCAUGACACAAACAUCGCUCAGUGUUAGUUGGGUCAACGAGGAUAGCUCAGUAUUAGUUGGGACAAGAAAGUUAGACGAUAAAAGAGUAGGGGGUAUUGUUGGCCAGUGAAGGUACACACAUCGAAACACAGUCCACAUUUAAUUAACAACACAGUCCUUGUCCCCCAAAUGCACAAAAAAUCCAGUCCAAGUCAGCUUGUAUGCAGAAGUCCAGAAGGAAUCUAAAUACACAUUUUUUCCCUCCCCCUCAUAGUAUAUAUUAAGUAAAGAUUAACACUGAUUUACACACACACCCACACACACAAGUUUUUUCUGUAUCUAUGGUUCACAUUCACAGUUGUGCUACAACAGUACAUCAUGAUGGGCGGGGGAGUUUUUGAGGGGUUGCAGCCUCUAGAGGUGGGCGAGGAUCGUUGGGCUGAUGGUUAAUGUGGGGGGCAGUGGGGAAGUGCAGACAUCCACAGAGCUCCAGACACAACAAUCCAACCUACAGCAGCAGCAAGACAUUGGCGUUAGUAAACAUAGCCCUAAAAAGUAUUUCUGCUGUCUUUUUGGGUGUAAAGCAGAGUGCUAUUAUUUUUCUGACAAAUACUACAUAGUGGCCCUGUUUGAUUCCUAUAGGUGGGGCUUACUUUUAAUUUCUCACACAGCUUACAAAACACACACAACUUUAUGGUUUUUGGCCAAAUUGCCAUGAAAUUUAGUACAUGUCUUCUGGGGGACAAAUUUAAGCAAGAUUGUAGUGUGUGAAUGUGAGUGUGAAUGGUUGUUUAUCUGCGAUGGUGUGGCUGCCAUCAAGCUGGGCCCUACCAACUUAUUGUCCAUAAGUCAUUGACCAGUUGUCUUAUGAAAAUGUCCCUUUGAGGAUAUCUGUAUUACAUGUAUCCUUGCAUGUCUACAAAUAUUUUGACAACAACACAUACGGGAAUAUAGGAGAAACUGUAAUUUUCAUGGGAAAAAAAUAACAAGUAAGUCAGUACUGUACUUGAACUUAAAAGGGCAGUGUUUACCUUUAAAGGUUUUUGUCGGCCCGUCAUAAAGCCCUUGAUAUAGGGGACAAAUUUGAGCAAGAUUGUUUGAAAAACAUGGCCUCCAUCAAGCAAAAUGUCUUAUGAUUAUGACAUUUUGAGGAUAUCUGUAGAACAUGUAUCUCCAAAUAUUUUUGAUCGCAACACAUAGGGGGCGCCACUAAUGACACUCUUUCGGGUCUAAAAAGCAUAUGUAGGUCAAAACAGUACUUGGUCUUGUAAGUGCCAUGUUUACCUUGAAGGUCUUUGUCGGGCCUACAUGAAGUCCUUGAUGUUGAGGUCAUCCAGAGCGUUCCUGGGUGGAGGAGGCUUUCUGGGGCUCUGGGCUAUUCCAGGAGACAUCUGAACACAUGCAUGGAAAAUUGUCAACUGACGCGCACUGACUGACACGUAAUCAAAUCCAUUAAUUGGUUACCGGGCUGCCCGGGGUGGCACCGGUGGAAGGGAAGCCCGGCCUAACCAUACUAGGCAUCAUGGGAGCGCCGACACCCGGUGCCCCAGGCUUUCACAGAGACAGACACAAAGAAAAUGAGACACUAAGAAACAAGCUAUGACUUUUAAAGGAAGGAACACCUAACAAGGGGAAGUCCUUUGCUUUCCGGUAAUGUCCGCAUUGUUAUGAGGGACAUUACUGGACAGGACUAUAUGUGGUCUUACCAUGCCGUAGCCUGGGUGGCUCCCCAUAAAUAGAGGAACACCCAUGGGUGCUGGCUAAAGGUGUAGAGGGGAGGGAGAGGAGGCGGAGUUGGGGUCACUAACAUAUAAGACAAACAAUGCAAGACAAUGCAUGGCAAAGACAAGCACACACGUAGACACAGACACACUAACGCAGGGAUGUCCAAAGUGCGACCUGGGGGCCAUUGGCGGCCCGCAGGUCAUUUUUUAAUGGCCCCACGGCCAAUUUUAAAAUACGAUUAAAAAAAUUUAAAACAUCAAAAGUGGUAUGAAAGACCAAACAGGUGAAAUGUAACAAGAAAAUGUUGCAAUGUUUACUCUAAUAACACAAAGCUGCCAUGCAGGCUGUUUCUUUCUUUAAAAAAUAAUAACGAAUCAAAAUCAAUGUUAUUAUGAAUUAUUUACCUAUCCAAGGUUCCAAUUACAUCACAUUAAAUAUUGCACUUUGAGAUAUUUUUUUGGGAAAAUGUUGCAUAUUUUGUGUUUGCCAUAUAAAAAAUUGAGCUUUUUUUUUUUUUUUUAAAGAAGGGCCUAAAACGAACAAACAAAAAACAUAAACAACAAUACAACGUAUAAUUGACGGAUAGAUCUGAAGUUGAUCUCGAGAUUAUUGUGUUAAAAGUAAACAGUAAAAAAAAUGUAUAAUUUAUUUUUUAACACUUUAAUGAGUAGGACCCUUUUGGUUCCCCAAUAAUUUUUGCGUGAUUUGUUUUUAAGUGUCAUUGCUCAAAAAAUAAUAAUGAAUUAAAAUCAAUAGUGUUAUGAGUUAUUGACCUUUUCAAGGCUCCAAUUAUUAUAUAAUCUGAAAUAUUCCUCUUAAAAAUUUUAUUGGGUGAAAAUAUUGCAUAUUUUGUGUUUUUUCCAUAAAAAAACAGGGUUUUCUUUGACAAAAAGAGCAUACGACUUAAAUCUUUAAAAACGUUAUAUUGACAGAUUGACCUAAUGUUGAUCUAGAGAUAAUAAUACUGAAUAGUGACACAUUUUAAAUAUUUUUUGGACCAAAACCCUUUGGGGUCCCCGGGAUCAAGCC